AUGAACGACUUCAAGAUGGACGAGCAACAAAGACUGUCGCAUCCAUCACAAGGGCAAGUCAAUAUGUCCAGCGUGAUGGCUGCACAGGGCUAUGAUGGUUCAUACGGGCCCGGCGACCACGGGGAGCAGAGAAAGCAGGAGAUCGGAGAUGUACUACAACAGAUAAUGACAAUAACAGAUCAGAGCUUAGACGAAGCGCAAGCCAGGAAACACACACUCAACUGUCACCGCAUGAAACCAGCCCUGUUUAAUGUCCUGUGUGAGAUCAAAGAGAAAACAGUUUUAAGUAUACGAAACACACAAGAGGAAGAGCCCCCAGAUCCCCAGCUGAUGAGGCUUGACAACAUGCUCAUCGCAGAAGGUGUUGCAGGGCCAGAGAAAGGUGGUGGUUCCACCGCUGCAGCCAGUGCCACUGCGGCUGCGUCAGGAGGCCAGCCAGACAGUGCCAUUGAGCACUCUGAUUAUAGAGCCAAGCUUGCUCAAAUUAGACAGAUUUAUCAUACAGAGCUUGAGAAGUAUGAACAGGCUUGCAAUGAAUUUACUACUCAUGUGGUCAACCUGUUGCGAGAGCAAAGCCGGACAAGACCAAUACAACCCAAAGAGAUUGAAAGAAUGGUCGGCAUCAUCCGGAAGAAAUUCUCAGCUAUAGAAAUGCAGUUGAAGCAGAGCACCUGCGAAGCUGUCAUGAUUUUGAGGUCGCGCUUUCUAGAUGCUAGACGCAAGAGGAGGAAUUUCAGCAAACAGGCGUCUGAGAUUUUGAACGAGUACUUCUACUCGCACCUCUCUAACCCUUAUCCUAGUGAAGAGGCUAAAGAAGAAUUGGCUCGCAAGUGUGGCAUCAAUGUUUCUCAGGUGUCUAACUGGUUUGGGAACAAGCGCAUCCGCUACAAGAAGAAUAUUGGCAAGGCACAGGAAGAAGCUAAUCUGUAUGCUGCCAAGGCUGCUUCUGCAGCUUCUUCACAAAUGGUAGCCGACCCAUCUUCACCAACAGGUUCAAGUAACUACAGUCUUCCUUCCUCCCAGUCUCAGAUGGCAGGACAGGGCAGCAUGUACAUGAAUCUUAACGGAGAUGGCUACCCAGGUGGAGACAAUUCCUGGGGACUUGAGGACUCUGAGUGA